CCCCUAAAGGCCAAUGUCUACGAUGCUAGAAAUCGGUCCCAGAAAUGUAUUACCAAUCAACUUGCAUUUUUUAUGAAAAAACGGCAAUUUUAUUGGCUAUUUAGUGUUUUCAAAUGGAAUAAAGCUUAUAAUAACUGAACAAUUUAAUGAUAAUUUAAUUUUACAAUAACUAAAGUAAAGGUUUUGUUUCAGCAACUGAGAAGAAGUAAAAGUUAUAAAACUGUCAUUAUGGAUACUACUAAGCAUUGUAUCAAUGAAUUUGAGGAUUAUUCCAGUCCUACGAGUCAUAACAUAGUCGACAAUGAUACUAAUACAAUUCAUAAGGCAUUUGAUUCUUUAUUGACAUCAGAAAUUAAGAAAUUAAUAAAAAUACUGAAUGAAAAUGAGAGGAAAUGGCGUAACAGCGAUGAUUAUUCUGUAUAUACUGGAUUAGCAGGAAUUGCAUAUACAUUACAUCAUUAUGGAAGAUAUAAUGAUUCUAUCUAUAUACAGACUGCAACGGAAUUAUUGGAAAAAUGUACAAAACAUGCAAAAAUCAAAAGCAGACCUAAAAUAACAUUCUUGACAGGUGUGAUAGGUCCAUUUGCAUUAACAGCAGUGAUAUUGCAUUCACAAGGAAAGACAGAGGAAGCAAAAGAAGUAAUUCUUAAAUUGAAAUCUUUAUCAACUUAUGUUUUGGAUGAACAUAGUGAUAUUCCUAAUGAAUUAUUAUACGGAAGGGCUGGAUAUCUUUCUGCUUUGCUUUAUGUAAAUGCCAAUAUAUCUCCAGCUCCUAUAGAAGCAGAUUUCGUCAAAAAGAUUGUUUCUUGCAUAAUUGUUUCUGGAAUAGCAUAUGCUUCAUCAAAUCAUUGUCAAUCACCUCUAAUGUACUCUUGGCAUGAUAAAGAAUAUAUCGGUGGUGCUCAUGGAUUAGCAGGCAUAUUAUAUUUAUUAUUGCAGGCGCGACAAUAUUUAACACAAGUACAAAUUGAUAGUUAUAUAAAACCAUCCUUACACUAUCUUCAGAAAUUACAAUUUCCUUCUGGAAAUUUUCCUUCUUCAAUGGGGAAUUCUUCCGACAAAUUAGUGCAAUGGUGUCAUGGAGCGCCUGGAAUGCCUGCAUUAUUUUGUUUAGCUCAUAAGGUGUUUGAGGACAAUACAUUUUUGGAAGUUGCAAUACGAUGCGGAGAAGUAAUAUGGCAAAGAGGAUUAUUGAGAAAAGGAUACAGCAUUUGUCAUGGUGUUGCUGGAAAUGGAUAUGCUUUUAUACAUUUAUUUCAACACACGAAGGAUAUUAAAUAUUUGUAUCGGGCUUGCAAAUUUGCCGAAUGGUGUUUCCAUUAUGGGUCAUGUCAAAACCGACAACCUGAUAGACCUUUUUCUUUGUUUGAAGGUCUUGCUGGUGUUAUUUAUUUCCUGAUAGACUUACGACAACCUCAUUUAGCUAAAUUUCCGACAUAUGAUAUUUAAAUAAAUAUUUAUAACAUUAAAUUUUGUUUUCUCAUGCAAGAUAGAUUCGUUAACAUAAUUUUUUAGAAAGUUUUCUAAUAAAAUUUAUUUAUUACUUUUAUCGACUAGAAUGUCUCUUUUCUUCUAAUAUAAAAUUUUAUUUAAAUACAAUAUUUUUACUUAAUAAAUAAAACUUUUUAUUUAACUAAAAUUUAUUUGUGUAGUAUCAGAUAUUUCUGUAAAGAUAGAGUUUAUCUUGCAAACAUAGGUAUUUCACACAUGUUUAUGCUCUACCAUACAAAGGCUAAUGUAUAUUCCUCAUUUGUACGCCCUCGGCAUACAUUUUCUUAUCGAUAUUGAUUGAUUUAUUUAGAUAAUGAAAGAGUCGGGGUCAAUAUCUUCGACAAACCAAUCUCCCGAGAGUUUUUGACAAGUUUUCUUCCCGAUACAUAAAACCAAAUUGUAUUAUAAGAAUGUAUUUUUUUAAACGUCUUAAACAUAUUCUAAAAGCAUUUACAAUAAAAGUUUUGUUUGCGUCAUAUGGCGCAAUGAUGAA